AUGAACACAUUUAUUUUGUUGUCAGUUUUAAUAUUGGUUAAUAUUAACUCAAUAGUCUGCGACGAAUCUGAGGCUGAAGGUCAGACUCAAACAUCGAUAGAUGUGGAUUUGAAGAAUAUCAAGAGCGAAGAUUUUGAUAUUAUCAAAUCGGUAAUCGAUAUCGAUCCCAGCGACGACAACAAACUGGAGAGUUACAAAUUGACACCCAAAAAGACUAAAAAGAUUAGCAGGGUUACUUAUGGAAAUAUAGAUGUUUGGAACACCAAAAUAUCCGCUGAGUGUUCUAACAUUACUAUUUACAGCCGCAAUUGCGUUUAUUUUGUACUGAAGACUAUUGAGAACAAUGAGCCUAGCUACAUUUACUUCCGGCAGUACAAAACCUUCAUUGGAGCCACUGGAGUACUGAGUUUACUUUACGACAUAAACUACCCGUACCUGUCAAAUUUAAUGAGCAAGCCUUAUACUCUAAACAUUUCAAAUAACUUCGACAAGCUAUACUUCAACUACCGGUAUAAGCAGAAGGGAAUUUACCGUUACGAAAGCUUUGAGCCUAAUGAAGGAGAAACUUUCGGCUUGGUUACAGACAACAUUGACACAAUUUGGUCUCCCACUCAAUCUCCAUUAUCAUAUAUUGGUUUGGCAUUCGCCAAGAAAGUGAGGGUCUUUAAGCAGGAAACCUACGUCAGAAACCGACAGACUGGGCGCGGGAAAAUGCUUCUGGUCUACAAAUUUCUGAUAGUUGUGGCCAUUGACAAUAGGACAGACUACUUUAAAGUGGACGAGGAAUCAGAUAAAUGGGUUAAAAUUGACGUUUACGAGCUAAAGAACGGCAUCAAAAUGUUCGCGGCGAAGAACCUCUACUACUUCGACUCCGACGAGCCUAGCAGCAGUGACAACGAAUCUGACAGGAAUGAGCUCUUUGCCCUUGACAUUUUCAAGAGGAACAGCAAGGUCAAGUGUGCAGUCACCAACGUCUACCCCUUCCGCGUCAUCAACUUGUUCAAGGGCGACGUUUACCGCGUCAAUGAAAUCAGGUACAACAACAUGCCCAUCAUCAAGUAUGACUUUUUAAUGUUUAUCAUUAACAUUUUCAAUACUCGAUACGACUGGUACUACUUGGAAAUUGUCAUAAAGUCAGACCAAGACUUAACUAAGGUCAAGGAGCUCGGCGACUUUUUCGUGAGCAAGCUUGGAACUGGCCUUUACGGCAUUUACUUUAGCAUCUACGACAGGAGGAAGGAGGUCGAGAACAUCAGCAGGAACAGCUUUUUGGACUCGCUAGAGACCUACGUCACUGGAUACGGCAACUCCGACUACGUCAAAUACGCUAACUUCUACGAGCUGAACGAAGGGUCUGAGGCUGCCGACCUCAGCGAGGCCGUUAAACUCAAAAUUGACCCACACUACGGCAAAAAGAGGCCAGCAGUUUCGAGACCUCCAAAUGCUACUCCUGUCACUACCACUGACGACGGUGAGCCUCCUGGCAAUUCACUUCCAAAAGCGGGUCCUGAUGCCAGAAGCCCUGGCGAUUCGGGUCUUCCUUCUGAUGGCACUACUCCUGAUGGCGAUGGUAACCCUGAUGAUACUAGCCCUCUUAAUGAUCCUAACCUGGGCGGCGAUCCUAGACCUGAAGGUGAAGAGCCUUCUGAAAGCAGUACCUCUGAUGCAACUAAGCCUGCUGAAGGCAGCAUACCGCCUAGUGAAGACAUUAAGCCUCCUCCUAAGCCUCCUCGCAGUCCUCUUGGCAGUGAGCUACAGCAUUCAAGUCCUCCUCGAGCCGCUCCUGGCAAUACACCGCAGGAUUCCGACCUUCAUUCUAAUGGCAAUAAACAACAGGACUCUAGUUAUUCUGAUCUUAAUGAGCAACAAGACUCGAAUCCUGCCGGUGCCAAUAAGCAAGACUUGAAUCCUGCUGAGGAUGAUAUUAAGCCUUCCGACAUUGGAGCCAACGCUAAUAAACCUAAGGGCAGUCAGCAUGCUGGUGAAGCUAGCGAAGAAAGCCUUCCGCCUCCAACUACUAGUGUUCCUCAGGGAGAAAUUAGAACGCCUGGCAGCGCUAACAACAUCAACGGUAACAAUGAGCCACCUAGUGAUACUGAUAAAGGUGCAAAAUCAGAUAAGGAAAUCAUGGGCGAAGGCCACAAAGAGGCUGAAGGUGGAAAAGCACAUCAGAAAGCAAGCCCCGAUUCUACCUCUCCCAAGAACGGUGGCGCCGAUAAGAAUCAUGAGGAUGAUGGCGCUUCAAGGGACGGAGGCCACGCCGCAGUGCGUAAAGAGGCAUUUGAAGUAUCUGUGGUAUUUCAGCCGAUGGUAAGAUUCGUCCGAUUUCUAUCACUCGGCCCCGAUGACGGAGAUCACAGGCCCAGUCUUCGCGUUGACUCGAAACGGGCAGGGUUCACCUCGAACAUCGCGAGGCUGUCGAUGCUAAUUAUCAUUACAUCAAUGUUAAUAUAA